AUGUCGCAGCCGCACUUCGUGACACCGCAGAUUCAAGACAAUCCUACAGGAUGGGGACCAUGCCAGAUCCCAGAUCAUUUCAAAGAUAUGCCUUAUCAACCUUUCGCCAAAGAUGUCAGGCUAGGAAAGGAUAGCCAACUUUUGUUCCACGUCUUUAUUGGUUCUGCAACUGUCACUGCUGGGAACACUUAUCAAGACAAACGUUACCUUGGUAG